GGGGAUUUCUUCCUCUAGCAGUUGCACUAUUGUCGUCAUCCAUAUUACGUUCAGAAGUAGGACGUGCUAUGGACUUAUUUGUGGAAAUUACAUCAUCUAUUGAGGCCAUUAUUCUUUCCCUUCUGUUUUGUCGCUCAGGCCUAAUUUUCCUGCUACAGCACCCUGAACUUUCCGCAACUAUAAUACAUGCCCUAAGGGGUGGUGAUAAUGUGAACAAGGAUGUGUGUCUUCCUCUUCGACAUGCAUCUGUUUCCAUAUCCAAAGGAUUCUUUUCCAUUCCACAGGAGGUUGGAAUGAUUGUUGGGAUGCAUUUGAGGGUGGUUAACGCCAUAGAUCGUUUGCUUACUGCGGCUCCAAACACUGAAGAAUUUUUAUGGGUGUUGUGGGAACUAUGUGCUCUUGCAAGGUCUGACUGUGGACGCCAGGCACUGUUGGCUUUGGGAUAUUUUCCAGAGGCUGUUAAAAUUUUGAUUGAAGCAUUACAUUCUGCCAAGGAACCGGAGCCGCUUACUAAAAAUAGUGGAGCCUCACCGUUAAAUCUUGCGAUAUUUCACUCAGCUGCCGAGAUCUUUGAAGUUAUUGUUUCUGAUUCAACUGCAUCUUCUCUUGGAUCCUGGAUUGGACAUGUUACGGAGCUCCAUAGGGCUUUCCAUUCCUCUUCUCCAGGGUCAAAUAGGAAAGAUGCCCCCACACGGAUGUUGGAAUGGAUAGAUGGCUGGAGUAGUAUAUCAUAAAAAUGGAGUUACAGG